AUGUCCAGCAGACCGGAUUCAUUCCGAGCUUCCCGCUCCAUGAGCUAUCCAACCGACAAGCGAACAAAAACCAAUCUGCACAUCCUAGUGGCCGAAGACGAUCCCACAAAUAGCACCAUCCUGCGCAAGAGACUAGAAAUGUCUGGACAUACGGUCUAUCUAACGAGGGAUGGGAAAGAGUGUGCAUCCGUGUUUCGAGAAAAGGCAAAUUGUUUCGAUGCGGUGUUGAUGGACUUACAAAUGCCAGUAGUUGACGGCUUGACCGCAACGAAGAUGAUUCGGGAAAGUGAACAAUCCUCUGCCAGGGGCGAGGCACUUCAAAAGCGUGUACCGAUAUUAGUUGUUUCUUCGUCCUCAAAGGAGAAAGAUCGACAAAUAUACAUCGACACUGGAUUCGAUGGGUGGAUUAUGAAGCCGGUUGGUUUGCAUCGGAUUGGCGAUCUGUUGGAUGGGGUCUACGAAAACGAACGUCGCAGCAAUUAUAUCUACAGGCCCGGGAUGUGGGAUGAAGGUGGCUGGUUUGAAGGAUGA